GCGUGAGGAGGAGUGAGCACGAGAAACGUAUGAGGAGAGAGAUGACGGCGUUGAUGAAGUCCGUAGGGGUCGGAACUCUGAAAUUCUCGUCAGUGGUGAGUUUCAGGUUGAACAGAUGCCGCGGAGCACGUUCGUUCUCAAUGCUUAUGUCGCCACCGUCAAAGGCCAUCGUGUACGACCAGCACGGCUCUCCUGAUUCUGUCACCAGAUUGGUGAAUCUCCCACCGGUGGAAGUGAGAGAAAACGACGUAUGCGUUAAAAUGAUCGCCGCACCGAUCAAUCCUUCCGAUAUCAAUCGAAUUGAAGGUGUGUACCCGGUUAGGCCACCGGUACCAGCGGUUGGCGGUUAUGAAGGUGUUGGUGAAGUCUAUUCUGUUGGCUCCAAUGUCAAUACUCUUUCUCCUGGUGAUUGGGUUAUUCCCUCUCCACCUUCCUCAGGGAUGUGGCAGACGUUUGUUGUCAAGGAGGAGAGUGUGUGGCACAAGAUUGACAAAUCUUGUCCAGUGGAGUACGCUGCGACGAUUACUGUUAAUCCAUUGACGGCUCUAAGGAUGCUCGAAGAUUUUGUGGCCUUGGAUUCUGCAGGAGAUUCUGUGGUACAGAAUGGUGCAACAAGUAUUGUGGGUCAGUGUGUGAUUCAGUUAGCUAGGCUCCGUGGCAUUAGUACCAUCAACAUUAUACGUGAUAGGGCUGGCUCGGAUGAAGCGAGGGAGAGUCUGAAAGCUCUUGGUGCAGACCAGGUGUUUUUAGAGAGUCAAUUGAAUGUGAAGAACGUGAAAAGUCUUUUGGGAGGCUUGCCUGAACCAGCUCUGGGAUUCAACUGUGUUGGUGGCAAUGCCGCCUCUCUUGUUCUCAAGUUUCUGAGGGAAGGAGGAACCAUGGUAACAUAUGGAGGGAUGUCGAAGAAGCCAAUCACUGUGUCAACAACAUCUUUUAUCUUCAAGGAUUUGGCGUUGAAAGGGUUUUGGCUGCAGAAGUGGUUGAGUUUAGGUAAAGUAAAAGAAUGCAGAGAGAUGAUAGACUAUCUCCUCGGGCUUGCGCGGGACGGGAAGCUUAAAUACGAGACGGAACUGGUUCCUUUCGACGAGUUCCCUGUCGCUCUGGAUAAAGCUCUCGGGAAGGCAGGUAGGCAACCUAAACAAGUCAUCACAUUCUGAAGCUUCCUUUAGGAAGUGCUGCCACUAUGUUAGUGUUUAGGUAUUACCAUAUUUUAGUAAUCUGAUGAUGCAAAAUGUACUUUAUAUUGUACUCUCUGUUUUUCUCUCCCAUGUAUCAGAAACAAUAAAAUUGUAGACUGAACAUACCAAGCAAAAUAAAUCAUUACGCUGGGUACAACUGGUUCC